ACGCGCAUACAUCUGUCUAUCUCUCUAUGUCGUCCUCUCCUUCCAAAAUGAACACAUUCGUAUCGCGUUUUGCACCAAGCUCAUCGGCACUCCCUCACUCAAAGGGCGCCAUUGCCGUCGAAGACGAUGAAAAGUACUCUGACCUCACCUGGGGUUCGCAAGCCGGCUUUGGCCACCUGGGAACCAAGGGCAUCCCGUCUUUCAAGGUGCCCAGCCUUGCUGACCCUUCUGCAUUUCUCCGCAUGCAUACGGACGACUAUGCAGACCCCAGCUGCCGCAUAAAGAUCCAACAUGGUACAACGACCCUCGCGUUUCGCUUCAAAGGUGGUAUCAUUGUGGCCGUUGACUCUCGUGCGACGGCAGGAAGCUACAUUGCUUCCGGCACGGUGAAGAAGGUCAUUGAGAUCAACCCGUACUUGCUGGGUACUAUGGCUGGUGGUGCUGCAGACUGCCAGUACUGGGAGACGUACCUGGGUAUCGAGUGCCGACUACACGAACUUCGUAACCGAGAGCGUAUCUCCGUAGCAGCGGCGAGCAAGUUCCUGAGCAACCUCGUGUACUCGUACAAGGGCAUGGGAUUGAGCAUGGGAACCAUGAUCUGCGGUUGGGAUAAAACUGGUCCCGCAUUGUUCUACGUCGACUCUGACGGCACCCGUCUGAAGGGGGACAUCUUCUCAGUUGGAUCUGGCUCGACAUACGCAUAUGGUGUGCUGGAUCAAGGAUACCACUGGGAUCUGAGUGAUGAGGAUGCACAAGAACUUGGCAGGAGAAGUAUCUAUGCGGCUGGGCAUCGUGACGCCUACUCUGGAAACACCAUCAACCUGUACCACGUGAAGGAGCAAGGGUGGGAGUUCCUUGGAAACUACGAUGUCACAAAGAUGCAUUACGAUGGUCCAGGGAAUGUUCCUGGCGCCACAGGUGGUGGAUACGGCUACGAGGUCAGGACUGCGGGUCGGAGUGCAUCAGAUGCAGAUGCUAUCGAUACAUCCGCGUGAAAGCAUGUACAAUGACGAUGAUUUCAUUCACUUUCCCGUCAUUAAGACGAACCCUGUCCUACGGCUGACCGGGAAAAUCUCGCCAGCCCGAGUAAAUGAAGUUGGAGAAGUAUGCCGGUGUUGUACUAUUCACACCAUUGCCCGUGGCGAACAUACCUAUGAUUGUUCCGACAAAUCCCCCGCUCACUUGAGUCGCGUCACCGCCGCCAAUGUCGUUCCAGAUGCCCGAGCCUGUUUCAGACCAACUGAAGAGGUACCUGGACUCAUUCGGCGCCUGCACGCGAAGCGUAAGCUUAACUGGUUCGCCUAGUGACACGUUAAGAGGAAAGAUCAUUGGUGUCGAGAUGGGGUCGACGGUGCCUUGAUGUGUCGAAUUAACCGUGACGGCGCGCAAUCGGAUAUAGCGUGAAAGCUGGCUACUGUUUCCGGCAGCGGGGUAUCCUUGCUGACUGGCAGACGAGGCGGACAGCGAAGCUACGCCCAAGUCGAAGUGCUGCGCCUGCUGUAGGAAGACGGUCAAGCCUGCCUCUUCGCCAUCCAGCUGGGGGUCAAAGUCAAGGUCGACCAUCGACUCGAACCUCACUUGAGUUUGCCUUCUGCCGACAAAGGUCGGGUUACCUGUCCGACCGUCUGUGCCUGUCAGAUUCCGCCAGCUCCCGAGCAAUGACAGGGAGUAUGGAUGUCCAUCAAGAGAGACUGCGUACUUGGACGUAUCCGGAAUACGAAGGUAGAGGUAAUGUGCUGGGAGGGUCGAGCCAGGCGCGAAGAGCUCCCAUUCAUCUGCUCCAGCCAGAUGACCCGUGGCC